CGAUACUCGCUAUGCAAUUCAGUUUACACGCAAUAUUUGAUGCAGCUACACGUUACGACUCACUCAACUCGCCGAUCAAAGUAACGUUAGAAUUUCAAGUUUUCUGACUCUACACAUAACAUUAAGUGGUGUUUAACUAUAGAGACGCCCAUUUUUUAUCCUGUUGGACUGUGUGUGACUUCAUUCUGAAAUAAUGGAAGAUUUUAUCAAGAUAGAAAAGUUGGGUGAAGGUACAUAUGGUGUUGUAUACAAGGGCAGACACAAAAAGACUGGAAAGAUUGUCGCGCUGAAGAAGAUUCGACUUGAGAGUGAAGAGGAAGGGGUUCCCAGUACUGCCAUCAGGGAAAUAUCAUUACUUAGAGAGCUCGACACUCAUCCAAAUAUUGUUCUAUUGGAAGAUGUUCUAAUGGAACCCCAGAGGCUCUAUCUAGUCUUUGAAUACCUAACAAUGGAUCUCAAGAAAUAUAUGGAAUCACUUAAAGGAAAACAGAUGGAUCCAGCACUUGUCAAGAGCUACCUUCAUCAGAUGGUUGAUGGCAUCAAAUUCUGCCACUGUCGUCGUAUCCUGCACAGAGAUCUCAAACCUCAGAACCUCCUCAUAGACAACAACGGUACAAUAAAACUGGCAGAUUUUGGGCUUGCAAGAGCAUUUGGUAUUCCAGUCAGAGUUUAUACACAUGAGGUGGUCACACUAUGGUAUCGCGCUCCCGAGGUUCUCCUAGGGGCCACAAAGUACGCCUGUCCCGUUGACAUGUGGAGUUUGGGUUGCAUCUUCGCCGAAAUGGUCACUAAGAGACCCCUCUUCCACGGCGACUCUGAAAUCGAUCAACUCUUCAGGAUAUUCAGAACACUUGGUACACCGACCGAGGAAACAUGGCCUGGAGUAACCCAACUCCAGGACUACAAACCUUCCUUCCCCAUGUGGACCGAACCAAACCUCAAAGGCGCAGUCAAAGGCAUGGGUGCUGAGGGAUUAGACCUUCUGAAGAGAAUGCUAAUAUACGACCCUUCCAAGCGCAUCACAGCCAAAGCCAGUAUGGAUCAUCCAUACUUCAAGGACCUCCCAGCCCGCAUUAUUCCUAUCAGGAGUUAGGCUUCCAAAUUCCUUUCUAUAUCUUCUCAAAGAAAAAGGACUUUGUUACAUGGCAACAUGUGGACCAAUGCUCGUGGAUGCGAUGUCUUUAUUCCAAACAUGUUUGGUCUGUGUUCUGUCUGGUAAUAUUCCUCAGUGUGAUGGUUGCGUUGGAUCGCAAAUUAAUGGAAGUCCAGCCUGACCGGUUGGUUCGAGACAUUUACGUACUGCUAUCACCGUGUCUGGUUUUGGGCAUUGUUGAAUCAAAUUUCAGUCACAAUAUUUUUUUUUGCUUUUCAUUUACUUUGAAGUAAUAUUAUUGAUCAUUUUUUGUUUCCCUUCUGUUGAUAAUUUAUAUUAAUUUGUUAUUUUGGUAUUUAACUUUUAUGUUAUUGAUUCUUUUCUUAGAUUUUGAUAAUUUUUUUUUUGGGGGGGGGUUCGGUGUUGCAAAAUUAAUUUUUCAGAUGGAAACAGAAUAAACCUUGAAUUGUGUAAUGAACAGUGAUGCUGCAAGCUUCUUUGUCAAUUUGUGUUCAUGUUAGUUUGGCCAUGUGCAGAGCUGCCAAGUAGUACGGAUUUUCCAUAUUUAGUACUGAAAAAUGAGAAGAAUACGGAUGCUUUCAUGCUAAAUAAUGAUUUCUCAAGUUUCAGUUUUAUGUGUUGUUGUCAUAUGGUAUUUCUUUGAAAAUACUGAUUUCCUCACCAAAAUACUGAUUUUCAGCUUAAAAAUACUGAAAUGUUCUUGUUCAGGUUGGCAGCUCUGCAUGUGGUAUGCAUGCCUCCCCAUAUUUGAAUUUUGAACAAAAAAUGAUGUCAAUGUUGUAAGCAGUUCUAAGAUGCAAACCUGUGGUACAGUUUACAAUAUAAUGUCAGGUUUCAAGAUUUGUAAAUACUGCCAAUGGCGCAUAUUCGUGCAAGUGUUAUAUGAAAGAGACUGGCAUCUGCGUUCACCCGAGGGCUAGUCACGAGUGUUUUUUAGGAAAUGCACUUCAUUUGUGCAUCUGUCAUGCACAUUUCAACUUCAAAAUUGAAAAGUGCUUGAAAGUCAUCUUGCCACUUCAGCAUGUGAAUGAGUACUGUGUUCUCAAAUCGCUUCCUUUUCUCAAAACUUGAAUGAUAACUUGACUAUGGAAAGCCAAUGGGUACUUUUCUAUUUGUGAUGGAAAAUUUUAUCAAAGUAUCAAUUUCAUCUCCUUUUCUAUCAUUGUUAAAGAUUCUCAAUAACUGUGGCAAAUGUACUUUGCUUU